CAUCUCCUCCGAUUGACAUACUCUAGCCUGCAACCAACCCGCUCCUCCUCAACAGUCCGGCUCUCGUCGCCAAACACCGAGUCUGGUUAAACAAGCAUUUUCUCUGUCUUUGCGCCAGUCGGCGAGCGUGAUUUUCCACAGCAAUGCCGCAUAAGACAAUGUUGGAGGGCGGCCCCUCGGUGGCUUCGGCUGCCUUGGAUAAGGCUGAGCUCACCAACUCGCACCCGCGACACGGCACAUAUCCAUCCAUCUCGUCGAUACCACUCACAUCACGCGAACGUCUUGAACAGGCCACAGAAGAUACGACACCGGGGGUAGAUGAUGAAUCACCAGACACUGUUCUGUACCUUGCGUACGGCUCCAACCUGUCGGCCGAGACGUUUCUGGGCAUGCGCAAGAUCCGCCCGCUUUCGCAAGUCAAUGUCUCAGUGCCCAUCUUGCAACUCACGCUCGACCUACCCGGCGUGCCGUAUCGGGAGCCGUGCUUCGCCAACGUCGGCUUCAGGAAGCUUCCGGAAAAGCCAACGAUCCCCAACCCGACCAAGCCGAAGCCCCCGCCGCUGGAUCCCUCCGAUCCAGGAUACGAGUGGGACGGCCACCUGAUGGGCGUCGUCUACGAGGUCACCAAGAAGGACUGGCGUACAAUCAUGCGCACCGAAGGCGCCGGCUCGAGCUACAAGGAAAUCGUUGUGCCUUGCAUAUCCAUCAAGCCCAAUGUCGCGGCGCCCGAGAAGCCAAGGUUCCCCAGUCUUCCCAGGCCCUUCUUCGCGCGGACGCUCUACGCGUCCUAUGUGCCCGACGACGGCAACGACGACCCCCGAAAGUGUACAUGGUGGCACCGCUUGACGCAUGGCCGUCAGCGUCCGAAUCCGGGGUACGCCCAAGCCAGCGCACGCUACUUGAAGCUGCUCAAGGACGGCGCAAGGGAGCACGGAUUGCCGGAGAGUAUCGGACAAAUCCUGUUUCUGGGCGCGUGGGCACCGCUGCUCAUCAUCUUCUUGACCAUGACAGGCCUGAUGGCGGACGAGACGGGCAAGCUUCCUAGAUGGCUGGCCGGCGGCGUGACGGCCAUGUUCAACCUCAUGUGGAUGAGCUACGAUUCGGUGUAUAGCAAGGUAUUCGGCGAUGGGGAGAGAACCGAGCCCGACGGGGCAGCGACGAGUGCGUCGGACGCAGAGAAGACGUCGCUGCUGGCCAACGGCAACGGGAAGUAGCGGUUGGCUGUGCUCGAGGAAUUGACCUUUAAGGUUCGCUUCGCAAUUGUUGUGGGGAUGUACAUAUGUAGCAUCAAGGCGCGGCUAAACUCAACAAUGAGUCUAGUGAUAGUACGAAGUAGACAAAGAAACAAAGAUGAAGGCACAAAAGGCUUCUC